AUGGCAUCGCCUCCCCGACCACUUGCGAUUCUACUCGCGGAACGCAUACAUGAGGCAGUGACAAGGUUGGAAGAUUUUAACAGCGAACAUGGACACGCAAACUUGUGCCUCAAGGCCGGCAGUCUACCACGACCUCCUCUUCCUGCGAAUCUGCAGGAACUAGUGGAGUCGGCUCUGUACUCGCUCGACAGACUCACAGCUCUACUGAGCGGGCCACAAGAAUGGCUGCGGCUACAGUAUGGUAGAGGCCUCGAUCUGCUCUCUCUCCACGCUCUGUACCGCUAUGACAUACCCCGGCGCAUUCCUAAGGAAGGCGAUAUCUCCAUCUCUGAGCUUGCUGUCCAGUGCGGUGUCGAUGAAGAGUCGUUCAGCCGCCUUAUUCAGCACGCGGUCACGAGAUACCAUCUCGUACAGCCACGUCCCGGCCACGUCGCUCACUCUUCUGUUUCGGCUCUGCUCGCAUCUUCGCAGCCGCAGAUGGACUUGCUGGGCAUGAUUUGUGAGGACUACUGGCCGGCUUUCCCACGGGCUCUAGAUGCUAUUGCCAAGUGGCCAGAGCCACUGCACAUGCGACCACCUCACCACUCAGGCCACAAUCUUGCCGAGGGUACCGAUGUUGACAUUUUCGUAACCAUGAAGACAGACCCGAAACGAUCUGCCCGCUUCGACAAUGCCAUGAGGGCAUUCCAGGCACUGCCUGGAUGGGAAGCAGGCUCCGCGCUGGAAGGCUUCAAUUGGGCAAGCCUUGACUCUGCCGCCACUGUCGUGGAUGUUGGUGGCGGCGAUGGCACUUUCGCCCGAGCACUUGCAGGGCGAUACCCUUCUCUCAACACUAUCAUCAUUCAAGACUCACCUGACGUCGUAGUGAGAGCGAAAGACCUGAUACCAGCGGAACUGUUGACUAGAGUCAAAGCACAAGCACACGACUUCUUCAAGCCGCAGCCCGUCCAAGGCGCAGAUGUAUACUUUCUUCGCAAGAUCCUGCACGACUGGCCUGACUCGGCAGCAGUCGCGAUCCUUAAACAAAUUGUGCCUGCGAUGAAGCCUAGCUCGCGUAUUAUUCUCAACGAAGAGUGCGUGCCAGCUCCAGGUACUCUACCCAAUCUGAAGGAGUGGGAAACACGAUCUCGCAACAUGUUGCUCAUGGCCGUGAACAAUGGAAAGGAACGCAGUGAGGAGGAAUGGAAGAAGCUAGUUGAAGAGGCUGAUUCUCGACUUGUGUGGAAGUUGCUUAAGCGUGGCGAGACAAUGGCUAUCAUGGAGAUCACUUUGAAGGAGUAG